AUGUCGUGGCGCAACCAGGGCAUCACGGGUUCGAACAACAUCCCUCUCGGUAACCGUCGCCGGUUUGGUGGUGAUGACGGAGGUAGCGACGCUGGAGGCUACAAUCCCUCUGCGCCUGCCGAGGGCUUGUCUGAGCUCAAGCGCGGUCGCAGCCCGACGCGUGAGAGCGAUGGUCCGAGGCAGCGAAAGAAGCGCAACCGUUGGGGUGACGCCAGUGAGAACAAGGCUGCUGGUCUGAUGGGCCUACCCACGGCCAUCUACGCCGCCAUGACUACAGAGCAGCUUGACGCAUACACUCUGCAUUUGCGUAUUGAGGAAAUCACGCAGAAGUUGAAGAUCAACGAUGUCGUGCCAGCCGAUGAUGACAGGUCUCCAUCGCCUCCCCCACAGUAUGACAACUUCGGUCGCCGUGUCAACACUCGCGAGUUCCGUUACCGCAAGCGCCUCGAAGAUGAGCGCCACAAGCUUGUAGAGAAGGCGAUGAAGACGCUCCCUAACUACCAUCCGCCUGCCGAUUAUAGGAGGCCUACUAAGACACAGGAAAAGGUCUACGUCCCGGUCAAUGACUACCCGGAGAUCAACUUCAUUGGUCUGCUUAUUGGCCCCCGUGGAAACACCCUCAAGAAGAUGGAAUCCGAGUCUGGCGCAAAGAUUGCGAUCCGUGGAAAGGGCUCAGUCAAGGAGGGUAAAGGUCGCUCUGACGCCGCUCACACCAGCAACCAGGAAGAAGAUCUGCAUUGUCUCAUCAUGGCCGAUACCGAGGACAAGGUCAACAAGGCGAAGAAGCUCAUCCACAACGUCAUUGAAACCGCUGCUUCUAUCCCUGAGGGUCAGAACGAACUCAAGCGUAACCAGCUUCGUGAGCUUGCCGCCCUCAACGGUACCCUUCGUGACGAUGAGAACCAGGCCUGCCAGAACUGCGGCGAGAUCGGUCACCGCAAGUACGACUGCCCGCAAAAGGUGAAUUUCACGGCCAGUAUCAUCUGCCGCGUCUGUGGCCAGGCUGGACAUAUGGCUCGAGAUUGUCCGGAUCGCAAGGCCGGCCAACCCUGGCGCAACGACGCCCGCCCCGACAACCGCCAGCAGGGACGUAUUGGUGGCGCUCCAGAGAACGAUCUCGACGCCUUCAUGGCCGAAAUGGGAGGCGGAUCCGGUCAGUCCCGCGCCGCCAUCGAAUACAACGGCAACGGAAGCGCUCCAGCUGGUGGCGACAACUAUGGCGGAGGCGAGCGUACCGUCAAGCCUUGGGAACGUGGUGCGACUGGCGGUGCUGCGCCCUGGGCUCGCAACGACCGCGAUGACCGUGGCCGUGGCGACAGCACUGCUGGUGCUCCUGCGCCUUGGGCAAGUGGUGGCGGUCAGUCGUACGGACAAGAGAACGGUUACGGCGGCGGUCAUAACGCAGCUCCCUGGGGCUCUGCCGCUCCCGCAGCUGGCGCUGGCUACGGGUAUGGUGGUUAUGGAUACGAUCAGAAUGUUCCAGGUAUGGCUGCUCCCGGCGCUUAUGGUGCUCCAGGGUAUGCCGCUGCUGCACCUGCUGGUCCUCCUCCUGGGCUUGGUCCUCUUUUCCAGAGCUAUGGAGCUGCCGGAAGUCCUCCUCCGCCUCCUCCGCCGCCGUCUGGCUCGGUGCCUCCACCUCCACCACCUGGCGACAUCCCGCCCCCGCCUCCUAGCGACAUUCCUCCCCCUCCCCCUCCCGCUUAG